CGCUGAAAGACACUUCCUGUUUUAUCACGUGAGUCCUGCAGUCCACGUCGUCUGAUUGGCUGUUUGAGUGCGAGGCGUUUUCAAUUGUCCAAACUAAUGUAACUUAAUUUUUUUCUCUUCUGACCUCAAUGUCGGUCCUGUUCGGAACUUCAAAAACAGCGAGGUGGACUUCCUUUUACUUUUUGGCAGCCACUUCAGUUCCACCCAGGCUAAACUCUCGCGGAAACAGUAAUGGCUGAAGCAGUUAGCUUGUUCUUGCUAGUUCUCGUCGUCGUGUUGAUCUGCCUCUUCCCUGCGGGGUUGGCGUCCCGACAGCCGCACAUCGUGUUCAUACUCGCGGACGACUUCGGCUGGUACGAUGUGGGCUACCACGGCUCGGAAAUCAAGACACCCAAUCUGGACAAGCUGUCUGCCGCAGGGGUCCGCCUGGAGAACUACUACGUCCAGCCCUUGUGUACCCCGUCCCGGAACCAACUGAUGACAGGAAGGUACCAGAUCCACACGGGCAUGCAGCACCAGAUCAUCUGGCCCUGCCAGCCGUACUGUGUCCCCCUGGGUGAGACGCUGCUGCCUCAGCUGCUGAGGGAGGCGGGCUACGCCACGCACAUGGUGGGCAAGUGGCACCUGGGCAUGUACAAGAAGGACUGCCUGCCCACCCGACGGGGAUUUGACUCCUAUUUUGGCUAUCUGAUGGGCAGUGAGGACUACUACACUCACGUCCGAUGCAGCCUCAUCACCCCGCUCAACCUGACACGCUGCGCCUUGGACCUAAGGGAAGAAGAAGAGGUGGCGGCGGGCUACAAAGGCGACUACUCCACUGAGCUGUUGAGCCGGAGAGCGACCCGCAUCAUCGGCAAACACGACCCCACAAAGCCUCUCUUCCUCUAUGUGGCGCUGCAAGCCGUACACGCCCCCCUGCAGGUGCCCGAGCGUUACGUGGCCCCCUACGCCUUCAUCAAAGACCCCCACCGCAGGUCAUACGCUGGCAUGGUGUCUGCAAUGGACGAGGCGGUGGGCAAUAUUAGCCUGGCAUUGCGGCAGACGGGACUCUGGGGCAACACCGUACUGAUAUUUUCCACAGACAACGGUGGUCAGACGCUUGCCGGCGGCAGCAACUGGCCGCUGCGAGGGCGGAAGUGGUCGCUGUGGGAAGGAGGGGUCCGGGGCGUCGGCUUCGUGUCCGGGCCACUGGUGAAGAGGGCGGGGACGACGAGCCGGGAGCUCAUCCACGUCUCCGAUUGGCUGCCCACGCUGGUCGGGCUGGCGGGCGGGAGCCUCAAUGGCACAAAACCUCUGGAUGGAUUCGACGUGUGGAACACAAUCAGCCACGGCUCGGCCUCGCCCAGACUGGAACUGCUGCACAACAUUGACCCUAUGUACAACGACAUCGCCCCCUGUCCCGGCGGGGAGCGUGGCUUAGGUCGGGGGCUCAGCGAAAGAUCCUGGUCCGGGUCGGGCUUUAACGUGUCCAUCCACGCCGCCAUUCGAUCCGCCAACUGGAAGCUGCUGACGGGAUACCCAGGCUGCGACGUCUGGUUUCCUCGGCCCGGCCACAACGACUCAGCCCACAGCUCCUCCCAGGCAGCCGCUCGCCCCCCACUGAAGCCUGUGAUGCUUUUCGACAUAGAGAAGGACCCCGAGGAGAGGAAGGAGGUGUCUGCUGACUUCCCAGCCGUGGUGGAGUACCUCCUGGGCAGGCUCCACCACCACCAGCAGAGCGCCUUGCCCAUCAAUUUCCCUGACGAGGACAAGCGAUGCGACCCGGGGCCCGCCGGAGCCUGGGGGCCCUGGGCUUAGCUGCGUGAGAUGAGUGCAAACUUUGAUACGUUGUCCUUGGUGUGGAGGAAUAGCCAAGUCAAUUUCAUUCAUUUUCUACCGCUUAUCCUCACGAGGGUCGCGGGGGGUGCUGGAGCCUAUCCCAGCUGUCUUCGGGCGAGAGGCGGGGUACACCGUGGACUGGUGGCCAGCCAAUCACAGGGCACAUAUAGACAAACAACCAUUCACACUCACAUUCAUAGUAUGAACAAUUUGGAGCUGCCAAUUAACAUGUUUUUACAAGUCAAUUUAUUUUACUUUAUUAAUGAUUUGAGGAGCAUGAGAAAGUCUAUGACUUAAAGUGAAAAUAAUUGGAGAGAAAUUUAAAAUUUCUAUAUAACAAAUCAAUUUUUUUUUAACUUUAAACCUGAUUAUGAGUGUAUAUAUAAUAACCACUCCUGAUACUUGAAAUGUUGAAUGAGAUCCUUUGGAGGUUUCCUACAGCCAAAUCCAUCCAUCCAUCCAUCCAUCCAUAAGCCAAUGGUGUUUGACCUGGAACUCAUCAGAGAUCAGAGAAUCAAAUAUUGAUUUAAUGUAAGUAUAAGUAAAUAUAUGAUGCUAAAAAAUAGUACAAAUAAAUAUAUGACUACAAUUAUCUUAUUGUUUGCGCUUUUAUGGUCCAUGGCAAUGGACUAAAGAUGUAGGAGGAGGGCUCGUGAUUGGCUUAUAGCACCCUUACUGUGAUCCUCAAGCCAGGAAUUUGUGCAUCUGGCACGUUGCUAACCCAUCGCUUGUCUGCAUCGUUUGGAAUCGAAGCAGCUCAUUUCCUUCAUACGUAGACGCUCUUUGACCCCUGGCCCCUGGCGUUUGACCUCCCGCCAGAAGCAGGCUUGCUGCGAGCGGGGGGGCGGGGCUCCGUCUUAAUGCGGGCCGGCGACCUCUGACCUGCCAUGUCAAGGGAGAGACAGGAGAGCGAGGCGGACAACAAUGAAUGCUUUGCAGGAAGGAAAGAAAUACGUGAGCAUGUUA